AUGGGGGCUGGGCGCUGGGGUGGCAUACUGCAACGCAAGCUGCUGGCCGCGCUCCGGGUAAGAGCCCCGCUUCUUCCAGAGAAGCCAAUCCCAACUUCCUCACCUUCGAACGCCAAGGCGGCGGCCGCACCGUCGACGUCGCGGCAGUGGAACACCUCUGCCAACGUCGCGAGGACGCCGUACGGGGAACAAAUUAAUCACUACAUUCAAGAUCUUGAAGCACAUUUCAAAAACUCUGGCGAGGCCGUGUUAAGUGCACAACAAAGUGUAGAAAGAUUUCUUUACCUGCAGGCGAAGUCGCGGGAGGAGCAUCGCCGCGAAUACCUACUGACUUUCCUUCCAUUGGUGUUUAUCCUCCUAUUAUUCAUGCGGGAGCAAAUAAAUCGGAGCUGCGCUGAGCAGACGCAGUUGGCGUUGAGAGAGCACGCGGACAAAUGCAGCUCCUUGAAGCGGGUGGUGCUCUGA